AAACAAAUCUAAAAGCAUUGGUUAUUCUACGACGCAUAUUCUUGUAAUUUCUCCUUUCUUCUUCUCUUUAUGUCUGGAAUGAUAACGCGGGCAACAGUAAGAGCUUUCUCAACGGAGGCAUUACGUGUUGUCAACAAUGUUGCUAUGCAACAGUUCACCGUAACACUCAAGAACGAAAAUGCGGUGUUAGGCUAUCGGCUAGUAGGAAAACAUAUAACUUUCGAUCAUACAGACGUUCCACCGGUGUUUCAAGGUAAAGGCGUGGGAAAACUGCUAGCUAAGUAUGCAUUUGAUCAUGCUCAAAGUAACAAACUGGAUGUAACAUGCAGGUGUCAUUUUCUGGCCAAAUAUUAUGAGAAUAAUGUAUCAAAAUAUAAAGGUCUGAAAGUUAAAAUGGACUUGGAAUAAAACACUAAACAUGGAGGGAGCAUGGCAUAGAUGUAAUAUUAAUUAUUAUUUAAGAGAAAAAUGUUAUGGAAAAGCUAAAACCAUCGCUAAAAUAGCGUCAUCCCAGUUCCCUGAUAUAAUAGAGUAUCUGUUUUAUCAUGGCUUAGCUCAGAUACUUGAAGGACAGAUCCAAAAAGGAAUUAAUGAAUUAACCCCAUUACAGUCUGACAAAGAUAUACAAUUGGCAGUUGUUAUUGCUCUAAUUUAUGGCCAUAAACUUGCUAGUUCUGUUGAAAGAGAUGCCUUGUAUGGUCUUGAAUCCAAACUGAAAGAGGAAAGGAAACAAGCAACUGCAACAUCAUACUACUACUCAGGUUUGUUUCUUUCUUUAGCCGGAAAAUAUGAGAAGGCCACUGAAUAUAUUAACAAAUGUCUGAAAAAAGACUCCAACAACAUAAAUGCCAUUAUUUUAAAGGGUUGGAAUGAUAUGUAUAUGUAUAUUGGCGACAUGCAGGGAGCAAUUUUGGAUUGCUUAGAGCUAGCUCUCAGCAAAAGUGACCGCAAUGUAGAGGCUUUGCUCGGUUUAGCCAAAUUUAAAUACUUUGCCAAAGACCAUGAAGCAUCUAAUCUCACUUUGGACAGAUUGAUUGUCAGCAGCCCUGGACAAGUCGUGCCAUUGAUUGAAAAGUUAAAAAACGAAUUUGCGAUGCAACAGUGGGAGCCAGUGCAUGACACAAUUGAAAGAAUAUUUCACUUGGAAUGUGAUAAUAUUGUGGCCUUGAAAAUCCGGAUUUAUAUUGCUUUAUGUAAAAAUUCAGACUACAUUGAAGCUGCUGAUCAGUUAAAUAAGUUUUAUGGAGUGUUAGAGAACGAAGAGACAUAUAAUGGCUUUCAAUUUUACAAUACAACUCAGAUAUUUUCAAGAGUCUGUGGCAGAUCAAGCGCAGUCCUCUCUCAAGUUUACAGAUUUGCACAAUAUGCUUCAGAAAUGUAUUCCAACAAUGUUGAUUAUUUAAGUGAGGUGGGAUACCAAUGUCUCCUUCAAGGAAAGCAUAAAGACGCCUUAAGUUUUUUCAAGGCGGCCAGUAAAAUCGAUAGCAACUCUAUAACUGCAUUAUGCGGAUUAACCCUUUGCCAGAUGUAUGAAAACGGGCCUACUGAACAAAUCUCGCAACAAAUAGAACUAUUGUUUGAAAUGCAAGGCUCAAAAAAGGUGCCUAUUCUAUAUUUACUGUCAGCACAGUUGAAUUUGAAAAACUCAUCAACUGCUGUGUCUUUGCUCAACACUGCUUUUGAAGCUAAAGUCUCUUCAGCUAACAGAUAUCCUUUUGGAUUGACAUAUGUGAAGGAUCUUGAUCCUGAUUUCUUGCUUGACAUUCACAAAGAGUACAAGAAACAUUUGCCGAAGAAACCAUUUGUGAUUGUUGGUUACUUGUUGUAUUCGCAAGAGAGCAGUCCUUUAGUUUCAAACUGCUUGAAUAUUCUAGAGACAGCGUGCAAAGCGUGCCCUGGCUUGAUAACAGGCUUAUACGAACUUGCCAAGUUAAAGUUUCUAUUUGGUUAUUCAAAUGAAGGUCAGAAGCUAGCUCAACAAGUUGGUGAACUUGAUAAUACGCAUGCUGGCAGCCAAGUCCUGUUGGCUCAAAUUUACAUUCAACAACAAGCCUUUACUAAAGCCGCACAGGCUUUAGAGUUGUGUUUAAGCUACAAUUUCAAAGUCCGGGACAGUGCUAUAUACCAUUUCUUGAAUGGAGUGAUUUUGAAAAGUGCUAACCAUCUUGAAGAUGCUUUAUCGAGUUUCAACACAAGCUUGCAGAUAACCACUAGCAAAACCAGUAAUGCUAGUCGCCAGUUUGAAUCAGAUUUGAACAUCAUUGACAAGGCCACUUUGUAUUUACAAAUUAUAGAAAUACAAACAUCUUUGGGCCAGUUAGCUGAAGCUGGGAAAACUAUGCAGGAAGCUAUUCAAGAAUUUUCCUACACCUCAGAAGAAAGUCGCCUCCUCAUAGCUCGUGCAGACCUGGCUCUAAAGAAAGGUGACGUCGACGGGGCUAUUGACAUCCUAAACGAAAUAAAACCGGGCCAGCCAUAUUACUUCCAGGCCCACAGCAAAAUGGCCCAUAUAUAUCUACAAGAGAAGAAAGACCGAGCUAUGUUCACGACGUGUUUUAAAGAGGUAGUCGGCAAUCACCCGAUGGCUGAUGCCCAUACUAUGAUGGGCGAUGUUUAUAUGUCAAUUCAUGAGCCAAUCCAAGCAGUGGAGUCCUACGAAGCGGCCCUCCAGAGUAACCCGAAGGACGUGAACUUGGUCCGCAAACUUGGCGAGGCGCUGGUGAAGACGCAUCGGUACGACGCCGCCGCGCAGCACUAUGAGGCAAACAUUAAGUUGCUUAGCGAUGAUACACUCAGAUUUGAGUAUCUCGAGCUUCUCGUAAAGCUAAAACAAUAUGACAAAGUGGACUCAGUGAUAUCGGCCGACCUGAACGAAAUGUACAACAAGGGUAAAGACAUCCCGACUUUGAAGCGGCGAGUCAAUCUGCUCCUCAUUCAGGCCAAGAGCCGUGAGCUCAAGAACCCGACCGCUGGAAACACGCACCUGAUUCUGACAGAGGCGAGGGACUUGCAGGCAGCUAUAGUGAAAAGGAUUGAGGUAGACUCGCGAGGAGACCUGCAAGAAGAGCGGCGGCAGUUGUCUCACAUCCUCUGCUGCUUGGCGAAAGUUAGGUCUACGAAGGAACCGGCGGUCGCCGCCAACCUGUACUCUGAGGCGCUAAUACAAGCCCCGAGAGACCCUAACACGUUGCUGGCAUUGGCCAAGUUAUUCGCACAUAUGAAUAAUCCAGAGAAGUGUGAGCAAACAUGCGCCAUCCUGUUGAACACCGACCCAAACAACGAAUCUGCUGCGGUUAUGAUGGCCGAUCUAGCUUUUCGAAAAGUGGAUCUAGAAACUGCCCAACGCCACCUGACUCAGAUCCUCUCAGUGAAGCCGAUGAGCUGGGAGGCACUAGCACAACUCAUCGAAGUACAGUGGCGGCGCGGCAAGCUGGCAGAUGCUGAACCAGCGUUAGAUGCGGCCAAGCUGGAGCUAGGAGACGGGGACGACCCAGGCUACCAGUACUGCAGCGGCGUGAUGUCCGUGUACGGCGGGCGCGCCAACGCGGCGCUCCGGCAGCUGAACCAGGCGCGGCGCUGCGCGCGCUGGGGCGCCGCGGCGGCGCGCCGCAUGGUGCUGCUGUGCCUGGCGCAGCACCAGCCCGGCCACCACGACGCCGGCAACGAGGACGACACAAGAAUGCUAGCGCUCAAAACAGCCGAAAAACUGCUAGCGGAAGUAGCGCCCGGAGACCGUAAAGCCCUGCAGGCGCUAAUCCAGCUCGCUACGAGACAAAAGAGCAUGGCCGAGCGCGUGCUGCAAGACCUGCUGCCUGCCAUUACCGAUGACGCCGGGCAGGAUGACCCGUACCUCAUACUGGCUAUUGCUAACGCUUACAAUAUCGUCAAACAACCAACGAGAGCCAAGAAUAUCUUAAAACGGACUAUUUCGUCCAUACUUUGGACACCGGAGAAGGCUGAUGGUUUAGGGAGAUGCUGGUUGGAAGUCGCUGAAGGCCAAGUGAGCUCCGGACGGGUGGACGCUGCGAAAGAACUGCUGACUAAGGUCCUCAACCACAACAACUCGUGCUCCGCAGCUUAUCAACUUUUAGGUUACUUAUCUGAAAAGGAACAGAACUACAAAAGCGCCGCCCAGAACUACGACAACGCAUGGUCAUUCGGAGGCAAGAGCGAUCUUUCUGUUGGCUACAAACUCGCCCACGCAUAUCUGAAGCUUAAGAAAUACCCGGAGUGCAUUGUCGUCUGUCGGCACAUACUUAAGGCGCAUCCUGACUACCCCAAGCUUAAGAAAGAGAUAUUGGAGAAGGCUAAAACUAAUUUAAGAACAUAAAUAUGCAUUUUACAAA